AGAAGCCCUUUAAUUCUCAUGGGCCAUUCUACUGGUGGCCUAAUCAUUAAGGACGCGUGGUGCCGAUGCGCUGACAGCACGUCUCCUUCACUUGCUGAUAUUCAUCACUCCAUUCGUGGGCUUGUAUUCUUCGGGACACCUCACAACGGCAUGUGGGUAGCCAACAUACUGCCAGGACUUGCGGGUCAGGCAUCAGAGAAUCUUAUACGAGACAUCGAGCCAGGUUCAACUUAUAUCAAAGCUUUGAAAGAACGUUUCUCAAGAGCCACCAAAGAUUUGAAAAUCGUUUCUUGCUUUGAGCUACGCCAAACUCCCCAGUGCGAGUUCCUUGACGAUGGGUCGAUUGUCCGAACCGCAAAGAGCGCCAUAAACGCGUCGGAAAGCACCGCAUGUCUAUAUUGGGCAAACGAAGUCAGAGUACCAAUUAAUGAGAAUCACUCGAUGAUUGCGAAAUUAGCUAAACGGAACGGAAGUGCUUACUACACAGUAGUUAGAAAUCUAUCUCGGCUUGUCAGCACUUCUCACAUGAGAGUUCCAACCAAAUUCAUAGGUAACGGCAUCUCCAAUUCAGAGGGCCAUGGAUACAGCACUCUGAAUCUUGAGGAGAAUCCAGCAUCGUUAGUUUCCACGCCCAAAUUCGAAUUUGAUAAACCCUCCUCUGGUCUUCAAGUUCGAGUCUACGUUCAUGGGGCCUGGGACAUGUUCCAUUAUGGCCACGUGAGGUCUCUCGAAUUCGCGAAACAAGCUAUUCCCAACACGUAUCUCCUGGUAGGAGUGAUAGGGGAUGAAGCUAUGCGAACCCUCAACGGUACCACAAUCAUGUCUUGCGCCGAAAGAGCUGAGGUCAUUCGUGCAUGCAAGUACGUGGACGAGGUCAUAGAAGACUGCCCAUCCAUUCUCCAUCCGGAAUUCGUAGCAAAAUUGCACAUCGAUUACUUUGGUCAUAACAUAGAGUCCUUAUUAACGACUGGUUCUGACCCCUAUGAGUUCCUAGAACUACAAGGCAAAGGUUUCGUCAUACCAAUGACCCAGACCAUCAGUUCAACAGACAUCAUAACAAGGAUUCUACGAAAUCGUGACGUACUCACAGAAAGACAACUGAAGAGCGGCGUGACACCGGCAGAACUUCAUCUUUGAAACGUCCUUUAUGCCGCACGGCUUGCUAUUUAAAAAGCAUGUGUCUUUCUAAGAGAGGUUAGGUAUGUAGGUAGGCAGUGAGC